UCCCUUUCUCUCUCCUAAUUAUUAUAACAAUAUUUUUUUCUCUCCCCUUUGGAGUUUUUCAACUUUCCAGUGUUCACUCAUCGGCAGGUCUCGUGUCUUCUGUCUUGUUUGAGUAAAAACUAUUUGAUAUAAAUUAGUUUUUUACUUGUGAUUUAUCAACAAAUAAACAAUGAAUCAAACUCUUGGAGCUAAACAAACAUUCAGAGAGAAUGUUUUGGCUGUUUCCCGGGAUUUUAUAUCUCAACCAAGACUAACAUACAAGACAGUCUCUGGUGUAAAUGGACCACUUGUUAUUCUUGAUGGAGUUAAAUUUCCAAAGUAUGCUGAAAUUGUACAAUUAAGAUUAGCUGAUGGAUCAAUACGUUCAGGUGAAGUACUUGAGGUAUCUGGUUCCAAGGCUGUUGUUCAAGUAUUUGAAGGUACAUCUGGUAUUGAUGCUAAAAAUACUGUUUGUGAAUUUACUGGUGAUAUAUUGAGAACACCAGUAUCUGAAGAUAUGUUGGGACGUGUAUUUAAUGGUUCUGGUAAACCAAUUGACAAAGGACCACCAAUACUUGCUGAAGAUUAUUUGGAUAUUCAAGGACAACCAAUUAAUCCAUAUUCAAGAAUUUAUCCUGAAGAAAUGGUACAAACUGGUAUAUCAGCAAUUGACGUUAUGAAUUCAAUUGCUAGAGGACAAAAAAUUCCAAUUUUUUCAGCUGCUGGUCUUCCACAUAAUGAGAUUGCUGCACAAAUUUGUCGUCAAGCUGGACUUGUUAAAGUUCCUGGUAAAUCAGUACUCGAUUCACAUGAAGAUAAUUUUGCAAUUGUAUUUGCUGCAAUGGGUGUUAAUAUGGAAACAGCACGUUUCUUUAAACAAGAUUUUGAAGAAAAUGGUUCAAUGGAAAAUGUUUGUCUUUUCUUGAAUCUUGCUAAUGAUCCAACAAUUGAAAGAAUUAUAACACCACGUCUUGCAUUAACUGCUGCUGAAUUUUUAGCAUAUCAAUGUGAAAAACAUGUGUUAGUUAUAUUGACUGAUAUGUCAUCAUAUGCUGAAGCACUUCGUGAAGUAUCUGCUGCUCGUGAAGAAGUACCAGGUCGUCGUGGUUUUCCAGGUUAUAUGUACACUAAUUUGGCAACAAUUUAUGAACGUGCUGGACGUGUUGAAGGAAGAAAUGGUUCAAUAACACAAAUACCAAUUUUAACAAUGCCUAAUGAUGAUAUAACUCAUCCAAUUCCUGAUCUUACUGGUUAUAUUACUGAGGGACAAAUUUAUGUUGAUCGUCAAUUGCAUAACAGACAAAUUUAUCCACCUGUUAAUGUACUUCCAUCAUUGUCACGUUUAAUGAAAUCAGCUAUUGGUGAAGGAAUGACAAGAAAAGAUCAUUCAGAUGUAUCAAAUCAAUUGUAUGCUUGUUAUGCCAUUGGUAAAGAUGUACAAGCCAUGAAAGCUGUUGUUGGUGAAGAAGCACUUACACCAGAUGAUCUUCUGUAUCUUGAAUUUCUUUCUAAAUUUGAGAAAAACUUUAUAUCUCAAGGAAAUUACGAAAAUCGUACAGUUUUUGAAUCAUUGGAUAUUGGAUGGCAAUUAUUACGUAUUUUCCCAAAAGAAAUGUUGAAACGUAUUCCAGCUAGUACUCUUGCUGAAUUUUAUCCAAGAGAUUCACGUCAUUAAAUAUAUAAAUUAUAAUUUCACGUUGAUUAAUUUCAUUAUUAAUGAUUUAAAAAACAAAUAAUUCAAAUAAGAAAAAAAAAAAAAUCUAUCAAAUUGAGUUGUGUAAAUUGAAAAAAGAAAAAAAAAAAACAAAAUUAAUAGAAUAUUUAAGUCUACUGUCGUUUUGAUUCUUGUUCAAGGGUCACAAAAAAUGUCUUUUUUUUUUUUAAAUAAAUUUUGUUUUUCCAUAUCACACAUAAACUUCGGUGCAAUGCAUAUAAUUGUUGAAGCAUGAAAUAAUAGCUGUUUUAAUGAAAUGUAAGCGAAAAAAAAAUGAAUAUUCACUAUUUUAUUGAUAAAUUAUUGAACAAUCAAUUCAUUUAUAACAAUUGUAUUAUUUUUUCCGUGUAAUU